AUGGCCAAAUCAAAAUCCACAAAUUCUAAAAAGGGAACUACAAAAAAAAUAAAAAAAAGGUCGACAAAUGCCUUUUUUCAAUACAGAAAUUCAAAAAUUGUUCAUGCGCAAAAACUUAAGAUGAGAGACCUUUCCCGGAUUACCUCAACAGGAUGGAAAAGUCAAGAUGAUUUACAAAAACAACCAUACUUUCAGGCUGCAGCUAAAGAUGCUGUUGAAAAGGAAGCGGCUUCAGGUGGUAACGGCAUUACAAAAAAAUCUUACGAGCCAUGUGGAAAUUUCGCAUUUAUAAACGAAACUCCGAUUGAAAAAGCUCCAUUGCCUAAGGAAAAGAAGGAAAAGAUUCCAAUUGAUCACAAAAGGGUUUUUAUUAAUAACAAACAAUCGGAUGUUUUUGUUAAACCUAAAAUUGCUAAAGGAGAGAAUCAAAGAGAAAGAAACGGGCUAGUUAUUAGAAAUUCACAGGUUCAACUGCAAUCGGGUGUUGAUAACCCAAACGUUAUUAAAAAAGUUGCUAUUGAUCAAAAUAUUUCCAUUCAGCAUCCACAAAAAACCAAAAGUAGUGAUGAUGAUACCAUGAUUGAUAUUGUUGAAGUUGUCGUUCCAACUACACAAAAAAAUUAUCUAGCAGGCGAGGAUGACUAUGCGUUUAAUAGAUAUACAAAUGCGGGUGAUUUUCAUUACAUGCCUGAAACCAAGAGUAGUGAUGAUGAUCCAACUACUCAAAUAAUUUAUCCAUCAGACGAGGAAGAUGCGUUUCGUAAAUAUACAAAUGCAGAAGAUUAUUAUAUGACUGAAACCAAGAGUAGUGAUGACGACAUCACGAAUGAUAUUGUUGAGGGUGUCGUUUCAAAUACUCAAAACAUUGAGAAAAAUAAUUAUGAUAUGCCUGGCACAGACUUUACACCAGCUAUAAUGAUUGACGGCACAACUUUACCAAAUCCUCAAUCAAGCUUCCACGAUAAUUGUGGAGAUGGACUAACUGAAACCCUUAACGACUGUUUUAACUUAGAGACAUUGGAAAAGUGA